UCCUACAUUACCCAAUCUGACAAACAAACAGUGUAAGACCAAACCCCUCAAAAACCUCCAAACAAAAGAGCUAUCUGAUCUCGGGCAUCUCCCAAGAAAUGAAGAUUCUUUGUUUGUUUCUUCUCUCUCUUCUUCUCUCCUCCCACCUUUCUCUCUCCUCGCCCUCACUCAACUCUUCCCAACUCUUCGAGGCCUGGUGUGAGAAACAUGGCCAAUCAUACUCUUCCGAAGAGGAAAGGCUGUACAGGCUCACUGUUUUCGAGGACAAUCUCGCCUUCGUCACACAACACAACAACAUGGGCAAUUCUUCUUACACCCUUUCUCUGAAUGCCUUUGCUGAUCUCACCCACCAUGAGUUUAAGUCCUCUCGCUUGGGCUUUUCCUCUGCUCUUCUCAGUUCUCUGCCUAAAUUGGGUUCAAAGCUUCUCGAUUUGAGGGACGUACCCGCUUCGCUUGACUGGAGGAAGAAAGGGGCAGUGACCAAUGUCAAAGAUCAAGGGAGUUGCGGUGCUUGUUGGGCCUUCUCAGCAACUGGCGCUAUUGAAGGCAUCAAUAAAAUUGUCACCGGAUCUCUUGUCAGUCUCUCCGAACAAGAGUUAAUUGAUUGUGACACAUCUUACAACGCUGGUUGUGAUGGUGGACUUAUGGACUAUGCGUACCAAUUCGUUAUCGAUAACCACGGGAUCGACACUGAAGAAGAUUAUCCUUACCAAGCUCGGGAUAAGUCCUGUAGGAAGGAAAAGUUAAAAAGGCGUGUUGUGACAAUUGAUGGCUAUACUGAUGUGGCACCAAAUAAUGGGCUGCAGCUACUACAAGCCGUGGUAACUCAACCAGUGAGUGUAGGCAUAUGUGGCAGUGAGAGAGCUUUUCAACUCUAUUCCAAGGGGAUUUUCACAGGUCCAUGUUCAACCUCUUUGGAUCACGCCGUGUUGAUUGUAGGGUAUGAUUCAGAAAAUGGAGUGGACUACUGGAUUGUUAAGAACUCAUGGGGAAAGCAGUGGGGAAUGGAUGGCUAUAUUCACAUGCAGCGUAACACCGGGAACUCUCAAGGAGUCUGUGGUAUUAACAUGCUAGCUUCAUACCCAACGAAGACUAGCCCGAAUCCCCCUCCUUCGCCUUCACCAGGCCCUACCAGGUGUAGUUUCUUUGCUCAGUGUGGAGAAGGAGAAACCUGCUGCUGCUCAUGGCGUUUCCUCGGACUAUGCUUUUCAUGGAAAUGCUGUGGCCUGAAUUCUGCCGUCUGUUGUAAAGACAAGAUUCACUGUUGCCCCCAAGAUUACCCCCUUUGUGAUACACAAAGGAAUGUAUGCCUCAAGAGUACUAGGAAUGCUACAAUGGAAGCGUGUGAAUAUAGAGGCUCCUCCUUUGGGAAGUCCGGCCAGUGGGGUUCCAUCGUUGAGGAUUGGUUUUUCUGAAGAAUCCCUAAUACUAAUGGUCAGAAUUAUUCUAGCACAAGCUGUUGUACAAGUUCUAUCUUCUGUUAAAGGGAAAAUAUUUCUUUAUGUAGCAUUGGAACAAACGAGUUUGUACGAGUUCACACAAUGUCACUAUUUAUUGUAGUUGUCAAAAUUGCUGAUCAUGUAUUUGAAUAAUACAAUCUUUUUUUACAAACUAACAAGACAGCUUAUAGCAAUGUCUCCUUUGA